UUUUUUUUUUACACACAGGCGUAGAAUCUCUUUGGGAUCCUGCCCACUCCUCAGCCCCUGGCGUCCGUCCCGAAACCGGGGGACUACAAGUCCCGGUAGGCUUCCGGAACUUAGCUCGGACUGUACGUGCGCACUCGGCUGCCCGCCGGAAGAAUCGAGCUUGGCUGUGUUUAUCUUGUUGGGGACCGAGUCGUCGGUUGACGCGCAGCGGGUUCCAGGCUGCCCGCGACCCCGCCCCGGCCCGGCCUGGCAAGGUAGCAGAGGCAGCAGGCCGUGCCGGGGGGGCAUGUUGCUGUGACCAGUGGCCCAGGGGAUGUUACGGUGGACAGUGCACCUGGAGGGCGGGCCCCGCAGGGUGAACCAUGCUGCAGUGGCUGUCGGGCACCGAGUCUACUCCUUCGGGGGUUACUGCUCUGGCGAAGACUAUGAAACACUGCGUCAGAUUGAUGUGCACAUUUUCAAUGCAGUGUCCUUGCGCUGGACAAAGCUGCCCCCGGUGAGACCCACCAUCCGUGGGCAUGCGCCUGUGGUACCAUACAUGCGGUAUGGACACUCAACCGUCCUCAUCGACGACACAGUCUUCCUUUGGGGCGGACGGAAUGACACAGAAGGGGCCUGCAAUGUGCUCUAUGCCUUUGACGUCAAUACUCACAAGUGGUCCACACCCCGCGUGUCAGGAACAGUUCCCGGGGCCCGGGACGGACAUUCAGCUUGUGUCUUGGGCAAGACCAUGUACAUUUUCGGAGGUUACGAGCAGCUGGCGGACUGCUUUUCCAAUGACAUUCACAAGCUGGACACCAGCACCAUGACAUGGACCCUUAUCUGUACAAAGGGCAAUCCCGCACGCUGGAGGGACUUCCACUCAGCCACAAUGCUGGGCAGUCACAUGUAUGUCUUUGGGGGCCGCGCUGACCGCUUUGGGCCAUUCCAUUCCAACAAUGAAAUUUACUGCAACCGCAUCCGAGUCUUUGACACCAGGACAGAGGCCUGGCUGGACUGUCCGCCCACUCCGGUGCUGCCAGAGGGGCGCCGGAGCCACUCAGCCUUUGGCUACAAUGGGGAGCUGUACAUCUUUGGUGGCUACAAUGCAAGGCUGAACCGGCACUUCCAUGACCUGUGGAAGUUUAACCCUGUGUCCUUUACCUGGAAAAAGAUCGAACCGAAGGGAAAGGGGCCAUGUCCUCGCCGGCGCCAGUGCUGCUGUAUUGUUGGCGACAAGAUUGUCCUCUUUGGGGGUACCAGUCCGUCUCCUGAGGAAGGCCUGGUGGAUGACUUUGACCUCAUAGAUCAUUCUGACCUACACAUUUUGGACUUUAACACAUCUAACAUGUCAUUUGAGGAGCUGUUGAAAUUGCAGAGCAAAGUGGGAACUAAGACUUACAAACAAUUGGUAGCUGGAAACAGCACUAAGAAGCACGGUUCUAGACCACCUGUCCAAAAUGCAUGUGUUGCAGAUAAGCACAGGCCUCUGGAAAUGUCAGCCAAGGUCCGGGUGCCAUUUUUGCGUCAAGUUGUUCCCAUCAGUAAGAAGGUAGCCCGCGACCCCCGCUUUGAUGAUUUGUCAGGGGAAUAUAAUCCUGAAGUGUUUGACAAAACGUAUGAAUUCCUGAAUGACAUCAGAGCCAAAGAGAAAGAGCUUGUGAAAAAGCAACUGAAGAGGCACCGUUCAGGGGAGGAGCAUGAGAAGCUGCAGCUGCUGCUUCAGCGAAUGGAGCAGCAAGAAAUGGCACAGCAGGAGCGAAAGCGGCAGCAGGAGCUGCACCUGGCCCUGAAGCAGGAACGGCGGGCUCAGGCCCAGCAGGGCCAUCGUCCAUACUUCCUGAAGAAAUCUGAGCAGCGCCAGUUGGCCCUAGCUGAAAAAUUCAAGGAGCUGAAACGCAGCAAGAAGCUAGACAGCUUCUUGAGUCGAAAAAGGCGCCGAAACGCAGGCAAGGACAGGCAACAUCUCCCUUUGAACAAAGUCUAAUGAGGAAUUGUCCUCAGCUCUGCCGCUGCCCCGAUGAGAAGUGGAUCUGUGAGGACAAACUUGGGCUUGGCCUGUCCUGGUUCUUUCCCAUUCAAGGACAAGAAUCACAGCUGCCCUUCAACUAGGUUGGCUCAGAAGUGACGUGAGGAUUCUUGGACUGCCCCAGGGCUGGACAAUAAGAGCAGCUCAGCCUUCUGCCAUACCACAUUUACUCACUCACUCUGCUUGGACCUGGUGCAUCAUGUCCUCAUGGCCUCCAACCUUUACCUUAAACCAAUGAUUCUGACCUAGGUAAAAAGGAUCAGUGACCUUUGGGCUGGCGAAGGCCAUCCAGUCUAUUGAUGGCUCUCAGGACUCAGACUUUAUGUAGGAACCAGUUCAUAAACAUUCUCGUCACUCAUCUUUUUUUUUAUUCUGCUUUUUGUGUGGGGUUUGUAGGUGGCCUAGAACUACUGUCUUGGUGGACCAUGUGUGGGGGCAGCAGAAACCUAAGGCCCAUACAGAGUAGGAAGUGAGAUCAGAGAUCCCUCCUAUUUAAAUCCAAAAGAUGACACAAUCAUUUAAAGAGUGAACCAAUCCCACGACUCACCUACUGAACUUUCACUUUGGAUGCAAGGGGAGGUGUGAAGUAGGGAAAAAGAAAAAACGCAUCUCCAGUGAUGUAAGCACAGCUGGCUCUCCAUACUGUCUGGGUCUAGGAGUCACACUACCUGUGUGGACUGGAAAAUCCUCAAGCUGAUAGUUCAGUUUAAAGUGGUCUCAGGUUGGUGGUGCCUCCAGGCACCUGGCAGCAGGAAAAACGGGUCUCUCGAGGACUGUCCUUUAAACCUGGGCCUCCAAAAAUUAGGUACCUGAGAUAAAAUUUCAAAGACUCUGAGUUUAUAAUGAAACAAAGCACACAAGAAGCCACUAUGAGCAAGUCAUUAGGAACAAUAGAUAAGCAGACCAGCAAAGACAGAUGUAGAAAGUAUAACAUGCAAAAUACAAAAUGUCUUAUGUUUAAUGAAAAAGCA